UAGGAUACCAUACAAUUCCAAGCUAAGGUCCAAAUAUCUGAGAGUAACUUGAAUAACGAACAGAAUGAGUCUUUGGAAGAAAAUGGAUAAAGAAGAACUUAAUAAGCAGUAUUCUCCGAGCUGCUGGUCACAUCGAAUGGACAAGGAUACUGUAAUACAAGCUCAUAUCAAAGAACUUACUAAAGGGACUGAACAAGGUCGCAAUGUGGCUCAGACUUGGUUAGAUGUUGCCUACGGACAAGGGGAUGGUGAAAUCUUAGACAUUUAUCUCCCGCGAAAUCCAUCACCAGCACCAGACCUGCUCAUCUAUUUUCAUGGAGGUUACUGGCAGUUUCUGAGCAAAGACUUGUCUGGUUUCAUGGUGCCUCCAUUGGCCAAAGCUGGAGUAAUUGUUGUUGCUGUUGAUUACACUUUGGCCCCAAAAGGUAAUAUGGACUUAAUUGUAUCUCAGGUCCGAUGUAGCGUAGCUUUCAUUGUGCAGCAGUAUUCUUCUUUGAGUGGUGUUUACCUCUGUGGACAUUCUGCUGGUGCUCAUCUCGGAGCCAUGGUACUUUGUACGGAUUGGAAAGAGUAUGGUGUCUCUCCUGAUAUUAAAGGUGCUUUACUUGUCAGUGGGAUUUAUGAUCUCUGUCCAAUUGUUCAUACCUUAGUCAAUGAUCCUCUUCAGAUGACUGAGGCUGAUGCUCUGCGAAAUAGUCCGAUGCAAUUUGUGAAUAUCAUGAAGCAGCUGAAUGGGAAGUGUGAGAUCAUAGUCGCUGUGGCACAGCAUGACUCAGAUGAAUUUAGGAAACAAUCCCAAGAAUAUUACCAGGCUGUUAAGGCUGCUGGGUUGAAUGUCAGUUUUCAAGAUGUACCAAAUACAGAUCAUUUUGAUAUCAUAGAAAAACUAGUGGAUGAGAACUAUUUUCUUACACAGGUACUGUUGAAAAUGGUGACUAGAAAAUGAAUCAGUUUUCACAGAAUGACAAAAGCAUGCACUAACUGUUCCCUCAUUGCUACAGAAAUAACUGGUAGAUAUUCUUAAUUCCAGGCAAUUAUCUCUUUAUAAUGCAAAACGCUUGCAUUUUUCUGUUUCUUAAUUCUAAAUAAUUAACCACUGGUUAAAUAUUACAUAAUACUUGAGAUUGUAGUUAUACUCUAUAUAUGAAUUUUUUUUUGAUUCUUGUCUCUAAGUAAGGAACUUCUGGAAUAUGUGCACUGACUGCAUGAAAUACAUAACUUUAAAAGUGUCCCAGCUGGCAGAUACUCAGAAUAAUACAAGUACAAAUAAAUAUUCAUGAGUUUAAAUUUUUUUCAUAGUCGGAUAUUUUGAUGGAAUGAAUGGAUAGUUUAUAGCGUGUACGAUGUAAUUGUAAACAAAUAAACGUCAAACUUGCAAAAGUUACCUCUCAAUCUGUACACAACGCCUCUCCUACUGCACAAGAAUAAAUUAGAAGUCUCUAGUUUCAUUCCAAGUCUAUUAACCCUUAGCAGCAUUGUUUCUGUGCCUCUG